AUGGAUACAUUGCAUGGGGAAUUGGUGUUGGGUAUGAUGAAUCGAAUAGUGUGUAGAGGUAAUCUUUUGAAAUCCUCUUUUUAUUCGAGCUCAAGAAUCGGAUAUUCCAGCAUUUAUGAUACUGGUUCAAUUAGGAGUUUUACGAGCACAGGAAUCCUAAGCAAUAGUAAGAGUAAACUUACUGGUGGGGGUAAUGUGGAUGGCAACAAAGGUAAUAAUGGGAACGAAGAUCUUUUGAAAGGAUUCAAAUCGAAAUUGGACCAUUCCAAGGAUUUAUUCAGUAAAUAUAAGUCGUUACUGGUGAAAAAUAUUGACAAUGUUAAAGAGGCAAUUAGGGAAGCUAAUAGAAAGUUUGCAGAGCAAGAAGCACAAGCUGGUGUUGAUUCCAAAUUGAGUUACAACAAAGAUGUAUCUACGGGAGGUGUAAUUGGUGGUUUGCCUUCUGAAAGAGAAAUCCGUAGACGUAAAUGGUCGAGAAGAUUGGAAUUUUAUUUAGAUUCAUUACAAGAAACUAUAUUUUCAGCAAGUAAAGCAUUUAACGAUGUCACUGGUUAUUCCAGCAUUCAAAAAUUAAGGAAAAGCAUAGAUCUACUACAAAUUCAAUUAGAAGUUAUGAAACGAGAAUUGAAAACGUUAAGAGUGGAUUAUGAAGAAUCAAUUGAAAAAAGGAUUAAUUCACAAAGACAGGUCAAUGAAUUGUUACAGAGGAAAAGUUCUUGGAGUGCCACUGAUCUAGAGAACUUCACUCAGCUGUAUAAGGAUGACGCCACUAAUUCCAAAAGGGAGCAAGACCUUAAAACUGAAUUGAAGAACAAAGAAGAGGCUCAAGAAAAGAUAACAGAUGAGUUGUAUAGUGCGAUUCUUACGAGAUAUCAUGAAGAGCAGAUUUGGUCCGAUAAAAUUAGAAGGACUUCUAUUUGGAGUACGUUUAUGCUGAUGGCAGUAAAUUUAUUCUUAUUUGUAAUUUUACAAUUAUUUUUAGAGCCAUGGAAAAGAAGAAGAUUAGUGAGAGCAUUUGAAAGAAAUGUGAGAACGUCUCUAGAAGCGCAAGCUGCCGAUCACCAGCUCCAUUAUGAACAACUGAAUGCACAAUUGCAAGAACAAUCGAGAUUAAUUCAACAAGAGUUAGAGAUGGAGAAAUUUAAAGAUGAUAAGAGAAAACAGGAUGAACCUCAAACCCCAUCGACAAUAUGGGGAUGGUUCUUACAACUAAUCAAUAAACUACAAAAUUUAAGCCCAAUGGAUAUGAACUGCCAAACAAAUUUCAACACGUUGCAAAUAUAUCUAUUAGUGACGUCUGUUGGUGUCAUUUCUUCGAUUCUAACGACACUAAUUUCAUAA